AAGAAACACAGUCGCUCAUAGUGUCGUACCCGAAGGCCUUCUUUCCUUCGUCUUCUUCCUCGCGCCGAACCGCUCUGUAGUGAGUUGUGAGAGCUGCUUUCCGCCUCUUUGGCUGCGUUCCGAGAAAUGGGGAAGAAGACAAAGAAGCCAGGUAAAGGAAAAGAGAAGACGGAGAAGAAAACCGUGAAAGCUGAGGAGAAGAGAGCUCGCAGAGAGACCAAGAAGCUCUCUCCCGAGGACGACAUCGAUGCCAUUUUGUCAAGUAUACAAAAGGAAGAAGCUAAGAAGAAGGAAGUCCAUGUAGAGGAAAAUGUCCCGGCUCCAUCUCCACGGUCCAACUGCACGCUGAGUAUCAAUCCCUUGAAAGAGACAGAGUUGAUCCUUUAUGGGGGUGAAUUCUACAAUGGAAACAAGACGUUUGUGUAUGGUGAUCUUUACCGCUAUGAUGUUGAAAAGCAGGACUGGAAGUUAAUUUCGAGCCCCAAUAGUCCACCUCCUCGUAGUGCCCACCAGGCAGUCACUUGGAAGAAUUAUCUCUACAUCUUUGGUGGUGAGUUUACUUCCCCAAACCAAGAGAGGUUUCAUCACUACAAGGACUUUUGGAUGUUGGACCUCAAAACAAAUCAAUGGGAACAACUAAAUUUAAAAGGGAGUCCAAGUCCACGCUCAGGUCAUCGAAUGGUACUGUACAAGCACAAGAUUAUUGUUUUUGGAGGCUUUUAUGACACGCUUAGAGAAGUGAGGUAUCAUAAUGAUCUCUUUGUAUUUGACCUGGAUCAGUUCAAGUGGCAAGAAAUAACUCCUAGGCCUGGUUCCCUGUGGCCAAGUGCCCGAAGUGGGUUUCAGUUUUUCGUUUACCAGGAUGAAAUUUUCUUAUAUGGUGGCUAUUCCAAAGAAGUUUCAUCAGAUAAAACUGGCUCCGAGAAAGGAAUUGUUCAUUCUGACUUGUGGUCCCUUGAUCCUAGGACUUGGGAAUGGAACAAGGUGAAGAAAAGUGGGAUGCCCCCUGGACCUCGUGCUGGGUUCUCUAUGUGUGUUCAUAAGAAGCGAGCUUUGCUCUUUGGGGGUGUGGUGGACAUGGAAGUUGGAGCUGAUGUAAUGAUGAGCUUGUUCUUGGACGAACUGUAUGGCUUCCAAUUAGACAACCAUCGGUGGUACCCAUUAGAGCUACGGAAGGCGAAGUCAACAAAAGAUAAGCCUAAAAAGAGUUCUGGACGAAAGCGUAAAAAUGAUGAUAAGAUAAAUUCAAUUGAGCCAGAGGAAUGUGCGACAAAUGAAAAAGAUGAGAACAAUGAGAUUGAUGAAGAAGCAGAUGACUUUGAAAGCAAAGUUGAUGGUAUAUCACAUCAAAUGGCUAAAACCAUUACUGUUGGUAAUGAUGGGUUAGCUGACGAAUCUGAUGGGAAGAUAAAUGAAUCUAGUGCUAAUUUGGAUUCGCAAGAUUCUGAUUUGCCAGAGGUAGUGAAGCCCUGUGGACGUAUCAACUCUUGCAUGGUUGUUGGAAGAGAUACAUUAUAUGUUUAUGGGGGAAUGAUGGAGAUUAAAGAUCGAGAAAUUACACUUGAUGAUUUGUAUUCUCUUAAUCUUAGCAAACUUGACGAGUGGAAGUGCAUCAUACCGGCAACGGAAACUGAAUGGGUGGAGGCGUCCGAGGAUGAAGAUGAGGAUGAGGAUGACGAUGAUGAUAGUGAAGAUGAAGGCGAUGAAGAUAGUAACAGUGAUGAGACUGAUGAUGAUAAUGAUGAAGAGCAUGGGAAGGAUGGGUCGAUUCAGAUGGGGGAUGCUGUUGCUUUAAUCAAAGGGGAGGGAAAGAGUCUCCGAAGGAAAGAGAAACGGGCCAGAAUUGAGCAGAUUAGAGCCAGUCUUGGGCUUUCAGAUUCGCAAAGAACCCCAACGCCUGGUGAAACUUUGAGAGAAUUCUACAAACGUACAAAUAUGUACUGGCAAAUGGCGGCACAUGAACAUACUCAACACACUGGAAAGGAGCUCCGUAAGGACGGUUUUGAUCUUGCUGAAGCUCGAUACAGAGAGCUUAAACCAAUUCUUGAUGAGUUGGCCAUAUUAGAAGCAGAGCAGAAGGCCGAAGAGCAAGAACCAGAAACUAGUACCAAAAAAAGAGGCAAGAAGAAAAGAUAAGCGGUUCGCUAUGGUGUACACACAGUACUGCUAUAUCGAGUGUAUUUUUAAGAUAGUUGUGGAAUAUGAUAACGUCGUGAACCACUGGGAUUACUGUUUUUCACAUCAAUUUUGUCUAAGUUUGUUUGUGGGUUU